UACAAUGUUUCUAGAAGAGCACAGUGGUGCUAUAGGAAAGCAGAUUGCAGACAUGUAGAAAUGUCAGGUUGGAAGGACCUUCAGGAGGUAACGCAGUCUUUUUCUACUAUGCUGAAGAAGGAAUAAGUAUAUCUAGACCAUUCUUGAUAGACAAAUGCCUAACUUGUCAUUAUAAAGCUCCAGUGAUGGGCACUUCACAACAUCCUCACGCACACUAUUCUAGUGCUAACUACCUUUAUAGUUAGAAAGUUUUCUGUUAAUAGGGAGGGUAGUAAUGAGGACGCUCAGUAUACAUUAGGGUUGCUAACACCCUUAUUACAAGGCAUAUCCCCUAUUUCUUCAUCUCUUUACAACAAGAUCAGGAAUUGCUGAGUGCUGCAAAAAACAGCAAGAAAUAUCCCUGGUGAAGGUGGGAACAAGGGGUGUGUCACGAAUACUGUGCCCUCCAGAAAGAAGAUGUGUGUGACAAAUACUCUCCCUUCCAGAAACAAAGGGUGUGUUACCAAUAGUACUCCUCCUGGAAAUGAGGUGUGAUAUGCAUGCUGUCCUCUGUGGAACCAAGAGGUGUGACUAUUACUCAUGGAAACUACAGGUGUGAUUAAUAGUACAGCUCUUGAGAACAAGAGGUGUGUCCUGAAUAGUGUCCCCCCUGAAACAAGAGGGGUGUCAUCAAUAGUACUCCUGGGAACAAGAGGUGUGUCACAAUUACUGUCCCCAGUGGGACCGAGAGGUGUGUUCUGAAUACUGUCUCCUCUGGGAACAAGGGGUGUGUCCCGAAUAUUGUGCCCCCCAGAAACAAGAAGUGUGUCAUCAAUAGUGCUCACUCUGGGAACAAGAGGUGGGUCCUGAAUACAGUCCUCUCUGGAAAGGAGAGAUGUGUAACAAAUACUGUCCUCUCACAGAAAGAAGGGGUGUUUUAUCAAUAAUACUUCUCGUAAAAACAAGUGGUGUGUCACGAAUACUGUCCCCACCGGGACCAAGAAGUAUGUUCCGAAGACUGUUCCCUCUAGAGAGGUGUGUUCUGAAUACAGUCUCCUCUGGGAAUAAGGGGUUUAUCCUGAAUAGUGUCCCCUCCAGAAAGAAGGGGUGAGUUCCAAAUAGUGUCCCCUGUAGAAAGAAGGGGUAAGUCAUUAAUAGUUCUCCUGAGAACGAGAGCUAUGUCCAGCAUACUGUCCUUUCUAGCAGCAAGAGAUGUGUUAUGAGUACAGUGUCCUCCAGAAAUAAGAAGUGUGCCAUGAAUACUGUCUCCUCUGGAAACAAGAGGUGUGUCAUCAAUAGUGUUGGGGACACUGGGGCAUGGCCACUAGGUAAGUCGAGCGGAUGGAAGACCACGAGUGUCAAUGAAGCCCCCUCGCAUUAGGCCCCGGUGUUCUUGGCCCCCCCUCCUGCCUGGAGGCACUCGCAGCAGCUCUGCGUACUAGGCCCAAGUGUCCUUGGCCCCCCCGCCUGGAGGCACACACAGCAGUUAUGCUGAGGAUCUGCAACAAUAUGCUGUGAAGUUAGACUGGCUGAAACUAAGCAAGGCCACACAGGGCAAAUAUGGAAAAACAAUGCUAAAUAAAGCAGCUUUAUGUAUAGUUUAACAAAUAAUACAAAGAAUUAGGGAACUAGCUGGGAACUGAAUUGGCUGGCUAUAUAAAUACUUGGGGCAGCUUGCUAUUAAAUAAGUAUGCUAAAAAAAAGGAUGUAUAAAAGCCUGUGUAACUUCCUGCUCUGUGUACAGGAUUUGAGAUUCAAAUCUCCCUGUGCCUUUUUGAAGCUUUAAAUAAACUUUUCUGCUUCUCCACCCCGUUGUAAUUAUUGGGUGUAGCACACUGGGUAACGAACCAACUCAAGCUGUUGUUCAGCCUCUCGGCACUGGGUGCCGGCAACAGCUUUUUGGCGUCCCUGGGUGGGCGACGAGGCUGCAAUUUAGCCUUGCCCGGACCCUUCCUGGAGGUCGAGGAUUGCGGCGAGAACCGACGCCCAGCGCGCACCGGUGAGUUCAUCGGGGCCUCGAAGGAGACGCAAUUUGAUCGACCCCAGAGGGCACAAUGGUGCAACGCACUCAUAUAGUGGAGAAGCAGUUGUCUACGGCGGUGAAGAACCGGUCCCUUAGACAUGGGGGAGGAGCAGCUGCAGGCCACGGUGAAGAACCGGUCCCUUGGAUAAGGUAGGAACCUUUUAAAAUCCGGAUUGUAUGCUCUGUUGGAACCUGGGGACGCCCAGAGUUACCCUGUAGGUAUGGGACAGGGACAGAGCUCAGGGGUUAGGGCACGGUGUAUGCCCCUAGAGUGCAUUCUAGCAAACUAGAAGGUAUUUGGUGCGAAUCCAAUGACUAAGAGCCAAUUAAAACAAUUCUGUACAGUUGACUGGCCUCAAUAUCAACUAGAGGACCAGGAGUGGUGGCCACCAGGAGGGUCAAUUAAUUACAACACGAUCCUCCAAUUAGUUUUGUUUUGUCAGUGAAUGGGUAAAUGGAAUGAAUAUUUGUAUGCACAAGCGUUUAUGGCUUUAAGGAAUAGAACAGAGCUGUAAUUCUGCAAAGUUGUAAUUUGACUCCGACUGGUUCGGUAGUAGCUAAUGUUAGUCCCCAGACCCCCACCCCCACUGUAAUGGCAGAGCCGGUGUCCCCUUCGGCCCCCACACCCCCACCGUAUAAGGGUAGGAUGCCUCGGGGUUACAGAGAUUGCCCCCUCGAUGGUACUCUAUCCUUUGCUUACCGAGACUGUUGUGGCUUGCCCAGGGGCAGACAGACGUCAGGCUACCACUAUGCAAGUUUACACCCAUGUGCCAUUCAAUCCAAUAGACUUAGCAGCUUUUAAAACACAGGCUGGGGAAUUCUCAACGAACGCAAGCAGGUUUAUUUCAGUCUUCAGUAGUCUCAAGCCGAUUGAGACGACUGUAAUAUCCUCCUGAGAACCCUGUUGUCUGAGGUGGAGAGGGAUCAGGUUAUAGCUAAGGCAAGGGGAGCGUCAGCGUUCAAGCAAAAAAAAAAAAAAAAAGGAAGAAAGGAAUCUAUCUGUCAAGUUCCUCUCCAAAUAAUUGUAAGCGGCUCAGGGCAUUUCCGGGUAUGGCAGGCUUUUGCAGGAUAUGGAUCCCAGAGUUUGGACUGUGGGCUAAACCCCUGUACGACUGUGUAAAAGGAGCGGAUCAUGACCCCUUCUAUUGGACCCCAGAGGCUGAUAGGGCAUUUAAAAUCCUGAAAAGAAAAUUGAUGGACGCCCCAGCUCUGGACCUGCCGGAUCUCUCUAAGACGUUUCAGUUGUAUGUACAUGAACGAAGGGGGGUGGCCCUAGGAGUGCUUACACAGCUGUUAGGAGCAUGGAGACGUCCCGUGGCUUAUUUUUCUAAGCAAUUGGAUCAGGUUGCAAAGGGUUGGCUGGCAUGUUUACGGGCGGUCGCAGCUACUGCCCUAUUGCUUGAGGAAGCCGAGAAGCUAACAUUGGAAGGGGUUAUGCAAAUCUAUACUCCCCAUAUGGUCCAAGCCUUAUUGGAUGCAAAGGGAGGGCUUUGGCUCACCCAGGCUCGGAUUGCUCGGUACCAGGCUCAGCUGUUAGAGAACUCUGAAGUCACCUUACAGCCUUGCCCCUCCCUUAACCCAGCCACCCUCUUGCCAGAAACAGAGGAACAGAAACAUGACUGUUUAGAGAUCAUAGAUGUCCAGUACUCCAGCCGUCCGGAUUUAAAGGAUGUACCCCUCCCAAAUGCAGAUUAUGAGUGGUACACUGAUGGUAGCAGUACUGUAAUAGAUGGGCAAAGGAGGGCAGGUUACGCUGUUGUGACCCUCCAUGACACUGUGGAAGCUGAAGGUUUGCCUGCUGGGACCUCUGCCCAGCUUGCCGAACUGAUAGCCCUGACCCGUGCACUUGAACUGUCAAAAGGAAAGCGGGUCAACAUUUUUACUAAUUCAAAGUAUGCUUUUGGUGUGCUGCCUGCUCAUGCUGGCCUAUGGAAGCAAAGGGGAAUGCUGACAGCCCAAGGCUCCCCAGUCAAGUACGGGCCCCAAAUCCUCCGGCUCCUAGAAGCUGUACAACUCCCCUCGGAAGUGGCGGUGGUACAUUGUAAAGCCCAUCAAAGGAAGAAUCAAGAUGUGGCCAAAGGUAACGCCCGGGCAGAUAGAGAGGCAAAGCAUGCUGCCACCCUGCCAUCCCCUCAGACUGAGAACGCCCAUAUGCAUGCCCUUAUCCCAUCAGUAGGGGAGCUUCCAACCCCUCAGUACUCUGGGGAGGAGAGACAGCUAACUGACAAACUCAAUCUCCGGGAAAAGGAGAGAUGGCUCCAUUCCCCAGAAGGGAAGGUCCUCUUACCAAAGGGCCUAAUCCGGCCAGUGCUGCAGAAACUACAUCAAACCACUCAUGCUGGCAGGGAAGCACUUAUCCAACUAAUGGGAAAAUAUUUUAUCACUUCCGGACUCCGACCCCUGGCUGCCCAGGUACAAGCGGACUGCUUAGUCUGCCAAAAGAAUAACCCCCGACCGGGACAUCCUGUGCCAUCAGCUGCCCUAGAACCCACUCCGGGCCCCGGACAAGUGUGGCAAAUAGACUUUACUGAGUUUCCCCGGACCCAAGGGUUCAAAUAUCUCCUAGUUAUAGUGGAUCGGUUCAGCAGAUGGCCAGAAGCCUUCCUAUGCCGUAAUUGCACUGCCAAAACAGUGGCCCUCAAGUUUGUUAAGAAGAUCAUUCCUCGCUUUGGACUCCCCCUGUGGAUGAAAUUUGACAACGGGACACACUUCACAUCAGAAAUCAUUCAAAGCAUCUCACACGCCUUACAGAUCCCCUGGAAACUCCAUACGCCCUGGAAACCGCAAGCCAGUGGGGUAGUGGAGCGUACCAAUCAGACCCUUAAACGGCAUCUCUCAGAAGUGUGCCAAGAAGCCUCACUGCGAUGGCCUGAUGCUUUGCCCCUCGUCCUACUCCGUAUCCCCGUUCUCCCAAAGGGUAGAUUAGGGCUCAGUCCCUUUAAAAUUAUGUUUGGAAGGGCAUGGCCUAUGAAUGGCACCCCGGUUCUGUCAGGGGAAUGGGAGUUGGGUAAUGUUUUUUUGUCACAGUAUAUGUGUUCCCUGUCUGCUGUUCUCUUGUCUCUUCACAGGUGUAUACCAAGGAUUCCCAGCCUCUCCCCUUGGACUCUCCCGUUCACUCCUUACAGCCCGGUGACCCUGUGCUUGUUCGCACCUGGAAAAACGAGCCUCUCCAGGAAAAGUGGAAAGGACCCUAUACCGUCCUGCUGAUCUCCCAUACAGUGGCAAAAAUCGAGGGACACAAGAACUGGAUCCAUCACUCUCGUCUGAAGGCAGUACCCACCCCCUCGUCAGCAGAACAGUGGACCGUCCAACCUGCUGACUCCUCAUCUAGUGAUGAUCUCGGGCUAAAGCUACUGUUUAAAAAACACAAAUAGCAGGCACCUUAAUGCUAAAAUGGGCCCACCCAGGUACUGGAGACCCUGGGUUGGGAAGACUCUGGUAAUAAUUAAUUGGGUAACAUUGUUUUUCUCUGUAUUGGGAUUUCCAAAGUGUGCAUAUUGGGAGCAUAACUCCUUUGUUUCGCUUGCGCACCAUGUUGCUAAUUUAACAAACCAGACUGAUUGCUGGGUAUGUACUCCAACUCCACUGUCCCCCAAAAACAGGAAUGCCCCUUGACAUGCUGCCCUUGACCCUAGCAGAAUUAGCCACCACCAAAAAGCAGAAAAGAACGGACUCGCCGUUCUGGAAUAAGACCUCUUUACAGCAAGCCACCUAUCAGGACCAGAAGUAUUCAGUUGCAGUACUCGCUAAGGAAGUGUUAUGUUUUACCUAAAACCAAUCUAAUCACUAUGAGCGUCCUGUGGGAAAAAGCUCCUGUGUUAUUACACAGUGGGCUGAUGGGUAUUAAAUAAAAACCAAAAGGGGAGGCCAACAGUGUGGGUGUAAUGGUUCCUCCCCUUUUAAAGAAACUCUUACAAAUACUCUUACCACAGAAAAAAAGGUUUGGAAAUAUAACUUGCAGUCCAGUUAAUAUCUCCAAUGUAGCAAGCCAAUGGUGGAUUUGUAAUGGUCCCUAUGGCAAGUAUAAUUUAAACGGCACAAUUAAAAACGCCCCCACUUGUCCCCAAUCAAAAAAAAUAAGAUGCCCCCUUAGGGGCAUAUGAAUUGUUUAAAAAAGCAGCCAAAGCAGCCUUAAAUAUCCCAGAAAUCCCCUUAAAAAACAGUCCUUACUGGGCCCUACAGGGUCACUAUUUUAUAUGUGGCCAAAAGGCUUACAAGGUGCUGCCAGCCAACUGGACAGGUAGCUGUUAUAUAGCUCAUGGAGUUCCUCAUCUGUCAAUAACUGCCACACUGCCCAAAAAAAAAAAUUAAAAAUGCCCAAGACACCUCUGUUAAGUCACAAAAAAAAACCCUGCGGCAACUGACUACGGCAUUGAAGGGCAAUAUAAAAAAUCCCCUCACAACCAAGAAGCUUGUAGGGUGCUCUGUACUGGGAAUAGCGCCACUGUUUACCGGGCCAGCCAUGGCAUGCAUAGGCCGCUAUAGUAUAAGGCUGCAAAUGGUACUUAAAAAGGUGGCCUUAAAGUUAAAAAACUCGGUUAGUAAUUUAGGGUCAGCAAUAAAAACAUUAAAUAAAAAGGUACAGCAGCUCAAAACGUUUUCCCUCCAAAACAGGCUGGCUUUGGACUAUCUCUUGGCAUCCCAAAAAGGGGUUUGUGCCCUCGUCGGGCCCCAAUAUUAUGUAUAUGUAAAUAAUAGCGGUUAUACAAUCUAUAAAAAGGUGGUACAGGCUGAGGCCCAUGCCCGAGCCGGAGCACAGGUUGCCUAUACUGCCCCCAAGAGCGAUUGGUUGCAAACCUUGUUUUCAGGCUGGGGUUUGUCGUCUUGGCUUGGUGGUUUAUUUAGCCUGUUAUUGAAACUUCUCUUUCCUGUAUUGCUUGUAUUACCGGUAUUAUGCUGUGCAGUAUUAUGUGUUAAGGCCCUUUUGCAAAAGUUAAUAAGUCGUUCUCUUCAGGGCUAUCACAAAAUGCUUAUGCAAAGUCCUAUUGUAAAAAAAUAAGUAGCCCAAGUAAAAAAACUCAGAGCCAAGGUUGUUGAGUGUUCUCAAAGGGGGGGAGUUGUUGAGGACACUGGGGCAUGGCCACUAGGUAACUCGAGGGGAUGGAAGACCAUGAGUGUCGAUGAAGCCCCCUCGCACUAGGCCCCGGUGUCCUUGGCCCACCCCCUUGCCUGGAGGCACUCGCAGCAGCUCUGCGUACUAGGCCCAAGUGUCCUUGGCGCCCCCGCCUGGAGGCACACACAGCAGUUAUGCUGAGGAUCUGCAACAAUAUGCUGUGAAGUCAGAUUGCCUGAAACUAAGCAAGGCCACACAGGGCAAAUAUGGAAAAACAAUGCUAAAUAAAGCAGCUUUAUGUAUAGUUUAACAAAUAAUACAAAGAAUCAGGGAACUACCUGGGAACUGAAUUGGCUGGCUAUAUAAAUACUUGGGGCAGCUUGCUAUUAAAUAAGUAUGCUAAAAAAAAGGAUGUAUAAAAGCCUGUGUAACUUCCUGCUCUGUGUACAGGAUUUGAGAUUCAAAUCUCCCUGUACGUUUUUGAAGCUUCAAAUAAACUUUUCUGCUUCUCCA